AUGCCAUCACGGCAACCGCCUUCGUCGUUGUCGUCUUCUUUGCCUUCGUCACCGGGCACGGCGGUCCAGGCCCCAGUCGCUGCGAGCUGCCUCCCCGCAGACCAGUCCUGCUUCACGAUCUCGGCCUCUGUCGGUGCGCCCUACUCCUCGAGUCACGAUGCUGCCGCCGCCGUUGUGGGCACACAUGCUUGCUGCACCACAACCUCCUACAUCACCGUCCUCGGCAUCAGCUUCGGUUCCCUCCUCGUCAUCCUGCUCAUCUUGUGCGCCAUCCGGUGGUACCUCGUGCGGCGGUCCGCGAGCCAGGGCGCUGCCGAGGCUACCGCCACGGCGGAACUGGAAAAGAAACAGCCCAAGGGACUGGAUGCUGACGCCAUCGCCGCACUGCCGGAGUUCGUGUUCCAGAAGGAGGAUGCCGACGGGGAGGAGGAACGGGAGGUUGAGUGUGCCGUAUGCCUGGGCGCAAUGGCGGACGGGGACGCAGCGCGGCGGCUGCCCUCAUGCAUGCACGUCUUCCACCGGCCCUGCGUCGACGUGUGGCUAAGGGAGCGUUCGACAUGCCCGGUCUGCCGCGCCGAGGUGGACGUCAGAUCGUCCGUCGAGGGUUGUGACGGGAAGGACCAAGAAGGCGGCCCGUCGCGGGCGUCCACGUCGAUGGCGUGGACAGCACAGGAAGGGCCGGUAGACGAAGGGGAGAGGGACCUGGAGGCACAGCUGUAG